AUGGAUCUUGUUGAGAAACACAUCAAAUAUCUUGUUGAGAAGCCCAUCAAAUAUCUUGUUGAGAGGCCCAUCAAAUAUCAUGUUGAGAAGCCCAUCAAAUAUCAUGUUGAGAAGCCCAUCAAAUAUCUUGUUGAGAGGCCCAUCAAAUAUCAUGUUGAGAAGCCCAUCAAAUAUCUUGUUGAGAGGCCCAUCAAAUAUCAUGUUGAGAAGCCCAUCAAAUAUCUUGUUGAGAGGCCCAUCAAAUAUCAUGUUGAGAAGCCCAUCAAAUAUGUUGAGAGGCCCAUGAAAUAUGUUGAGAGGCCCAUCAAAUAUCAUGUCGAGAAGCCCAUCAAAUAUAAUGUUGAGAAGCCCAUCAAAUAUGUUGAGAAGCCCAUCAAAUAUGUUGAGAAGCCCAUCAAAUAUAAUGUUGAGAAGCCCAUCAAAUAUCAUGUUGAGAAGCCCAUCAAAUAUGUUGAGAAGCCCAUCAAAUAUGCUGAGAAGCCCAUCAAAUAUGUUGAGAGGCCCAUCAAAUACGUUGAGAAGCCCAUCAAAUAUGUUGAGAAGCCCAUCAAAUAUCACGUUGAGAGGCCCAUCAAAUAUCAUGUUGAGAAGCCCAUCAAAUAUGUUGAGAAGCCCAUCAAAUAUGUUGAGAGGCCCAUCAAAUAUGUUGAGAAGCCCAUCAAAUAUCAUGUUGAGAAGCCCAUCAAAUAUAAUGUUGAGAAGCCCAUCAAAUAUAAUGUUGAGAAGCCCAUCAAAUAUGCUGAGAAGCCCAUCAAAUAUAAUGUUGAGAAGCCCAUCAAAUAUAAUGUUGAGAAGCCCAUCAAAUAUGCUGAGAAGCCCAUCAAAUAUGUUGAGAGGCCCAUCAAAUAUGUUGAGAAGCCCAUCAAAUAUCACGUUGAGAGGCCCAUCAAAUAUCAUGUUGAGAAGCCCAUCAAAUAUCAUGUUGAGAAGCCCAUCAAAUAUGUUGAGAAGCCCAUCAAAUAUCAUGUUGAGAGGCCCAUCAAAUAUCAUGGUGAGAAGCCCAUCAAAUCAUGUAGCUGGGUUAAACAAAUAUGUUAA